AUGUCUCGUCUUGUCCUAUCGCUCGUUUUCAUUUCUUCGGCAACUUUCGCACGGUUUUGUGUACACGAUCAGAAGGGUUCGUGCCUCGGCCACGACAUCUGGGGAUGGUGCUUCCACAACAAGACCAGCGGCCGAUUCGACUGCGACGACGACGGCUUCUGCGCCUCGCAGGAGCAGCUGAAAAACAAAAAAUCAUCGGGAUGCUUCAUGCGGGCCAACUCGUCGGUGUGCUGCUGCAACGAGGCCGACGGCUGCAAUCUCGGAUUCAUUCAAGUCGCUCCGAAGUACGCGUUCGGACAGCAAUGCACCAAUUCGAUCGAGUUUCCUGGCGAGGAUACGCGACAAUUCAGACCGUGCGAUGAUCCCUAUUGCUAUUCGAUUCUGUCAUCGGAUGAGGAUGGUGGUCCGACGACGGUCAUCCGCGGAUGUCAUUCGCGAAAGCUCGUCCUCCACAACAUGUUCAAAGCCGAAGACGCCGAAUUCAAGAACAACACGAAAUGGAAGGAGACGGAACAAUUGGCGAGUCUGCCCGUGUGCUCCGACGUGCUCCGCCAUGAGCCGUCGAUCAACGGAACGCGCAGAUUGUGUGUCGACUUCUCAUAUGAUCAGCAAGACGAGGACGGCGAGGUCAUCAAGAUGAAGUCGAGAUUCUGCUGUUGCGAUGGUGCGGCGAGGUGCAACGAUAACCUACUAUGGGGAACCGACGGCGUAACAUUGCAAGAAAUGGAAGAAACGAUCAAGCAGCGACGGGUGGCCGUCUCUGCCGCGAUUCAAUUCUCGCCGUUCAUUCUCAUUGCAUCUCUCAUAGGAUUUUUAUAUUUUUAG